ACAAUGUAUCAAUUGACAGAUAAUUAAAUGCAUUGAAUUGCGUUGUAAAAAUCAACUCAUUUGUUUUUUUUGUUGAGAAGUGAUCGCAAGCGAAACCAAAUCGCACCCAGUCAGUGAUAAAGAAUAAGAAGAAGAAGAGCAAAGAAAAAUAUUUUAAAACUGUUUAUUAAAUACAUUUUCUGUUCCAUUGAAUCGGUCGUUUUCUUUGUCGAACAAAGAAUAAAAACUUGACUAAAUUUCGGAUCAAAUUGUUUAAAUAAAUUGAGAUAGAGACAAAGGAAGAAAAAUGAAGCUCAAGGCAUUUUCAGUGAUAUUUUCAUUGUUUAUUGUGGGCCUUUAUGCCGCAAGUGUAACUGAUUUACCACCAGCCACCCAACCAGCAGAACUCCCUGCUCCAAUUGAGAAGAAAACAACCACCACGGUGGCUCCUUCAACAACGACAGUAUCAACCAGCACCACAGAGGCUCCGACUGAAUCAACGACAGCAAUACCGACAAGCACAACAACGCCUUCACCAGCUCCGACAACUCCUACUACAACGGCAGCUACGACAACUGAAGCCCCCACAACAACAGUAACACCAACACCAACAACAACAACAACAACCCCGGCUCCAACACCAGCACCAGUACCCGGAAAGCCACAAGAAGGAAAGUAUGUUGUGUCGAAUGGAACUACGUCCUGCAUCUUACUCCAGUUCGCUGCUCAGUUGAAUGUGUCAUACUAUGAUGAAAAGGCCGGUGUCCAGUAUAAAAUCUACAAUAUCCCCGGAGCAACUGGUGAUAAAUUCAAAGAAGCUGAAGGAAACUGUGGCAACACCUCCCAAUUUAUUGUCAUCGAAUGGACCGAAGCCGAUGAAAAAAACACAUUGAAAUUAACAUUCAGCUUGAACGAAACCGCUAAAGAAUUCUCAUUGACAGAGUCCGUGUUCAAUUUGUCUACGAAAAUCGUUCCAGGCAGUAAUAAUCGUACCAUCUUAUACUAUGUUGGCAACACAUUUGAGGCACCAAAAGAUAAAUCUUAUCACUGCACUCGAGUUCAAACAUUGAACUUAACCGACACUGAUCAUGUCACAAACACCACCGUCCCAUCUGGAACUGUGAGUGUAUCGAGUAUUUUGGUCCAAGCCUUCCAUUUGGGAGAUAAACAAGAAUUCUCAACAGCCAUUGACUGUGAUGCCAUUAACACGCCAGAUAUUGUACCAAUUGCCGUCGGAAUCGCAUUGAUUGCAUUAGUCGUUGUUGUUCUAAUCGCAUACUUGGUAGGACGUCGUCGUGCCGCCGCUCAUGGCUAUGUUAGCAUGUAAAUCGAAUCAAUUGAUCGAUUAGUCAAAUUACAAACCAUCCCAAAAAAAAAUACGAGCAAAACAAUAUAACAUUUGGCCUUUAUUCUUGCGCUAACAUCAAACGCAAUUCGAAAAACAAAAAGAAUUAAUUAAUCGAAGCAAACAAUUUUUGAGAGACACCAACACAAAUCUUCUUUUUUUUCCUGUCUUUUUUUCUCAAACUGCAGUUUAUUGUGCUGUGAAUUACAAAAGAAAAAAAAACCAUUUAAAUAUUUGUAUACAAGAUAGUAAUUAAUUUAGAGAACGAACUGAAAUGUAGAGUUAAACGUUAAAGAAAAUGGAUAACCGAUAAAAGACACACAAACGAAAUUGGCGUGAAAUUUGUACCGUUUUAAAGAGUAGGUUUUUUUAAGUAGUUAAUUCCCGAAUUUCAAAACAAUCAAACACAAAUUUUAACAAACAUUUUCCUUCUUCACUUUUGCGAAGAAACACACGAAAACACUGAAUUAAAAUGCUUUUCCAGAAGGACCAUUGUAAAAAAAAAAAAAUAAAGUUGAAUAAGAAGGGAA